AUGAAGCGUACGCUGGUGUGUGUGCUGAUGGUUGCCUGGAGCCUCGGAAGUGGCGCCCAGACAGUCAACCAGCCAACAGUGGACAUGCAUGUAGUGAAGAGCAAUGUCGUGAUGCUGGACUGUAGUUACGAAGGCACCAGUGCUACCAGCUAUAUCUUCUGGUACAAAAAGAAUGGCCAGGCGGCACCAGAGUUCAUCUUGAGCCGCUUUGUGAGCGGUCAGGAAAAGACGGUGAGCAGCUUUGACAAGAGGUUCAGCUGCAGCAUGAACGCCAGUGCCCAGCGAGCUCCUCUGGUGAUCGAAGACGUGCAGCUGAACGACUCCGCCAUCUUCUACUGCGCCCUGAAGCCCACAGUGACUGACAGCUCUGCUGCACAUGCACAAAAACUCCUGUACUCCCCUCAAGUCAGAGGAAGUGGCGCCCAGACAGUCAACCAGCCAACAGUGGACAUGCAUGUAGUGAAGAGCAAUGUCGUGAUGCUGGACUGUAGUUACAAAGGCACCAGUGCAACCAGCUAUAUCUUCUGGUACAAAAAGAAUGGAAGUACCAAAUUAUUUUUUGGAAGCGGAACCAGGCUGGCAGUAGAAGCAAAGGAGGACUGGGAGCCAUCGUUCUACAAAUUGGACAAAUUGGAGGGUAACGUGACGGCUUGCCUCGCCACUGGCUUCAGCAGACAAAACGCCAUGGAGACGGCAGGAAAAGGAGACGUGUUCCAGGGAUCGCACGCUGUGCGGAUAUUGGGUGACUCGCUGUACAAUCAGGUGACACUGCUCUCGGCUGAGCACGGCGACUCAUGUGAGAAAGGUGACAGUGGACCGGGGUGGUGUCAGGACGCCUUGGCGCCAGACGAGAAGGUCAACCUGGUCUCUCUCACGGUCCUCGUCCUCCGUUUUGUCUUCGCCAAGACGCUCGCCAUCAACGGCGUCAUGACGCUGCGCCUGUGGCUCGCUGUACCCCAGUAGGCCUCCAUGCGCCACGACCAUCACCUCCCCUUUCUGAAAGGAGCGGCUGUGUAUGUGUGUAUGUGUAUGUGGUGUUGCUUUUUGAGUUAAA